ACACAACAGAAUUUAAGAAUGCCACAGUGAAUAUUUGUUUUUCUUCCUGCCCUUUUUUCUUCCACUCUCCCUCCCACUAGUAGAUAAACGGGUUUCACUUGCAUUACAUGUACACUUGCCAUAAUCUAAGUGCAGCCAGGAACCAUUUACAAAGUUUUUUGUUUUGGAAGUAUAUAACAACUUUUGUGAUUUAUUGCAUUUUCAUUUGCUGUGAUUUUUUUAAAAGUUAAAAUUAGAAGAACACAUUUUUUUCAGUAGUAAAUAUUGCUAUUUGUCACAGCCAAACACUUUUGGCCAAUAAAAAAAAGUAUUAGUUGCAAUGCCAACUGGCCUCCACGGAUGCACUGGACUAUGAUAAAAUUUCUUGUUGGGAUUUUUUCCCCCAGUGAAACCUGAACGUGCUGUGACAUGAAAUUUGUAGCACUGAAAUAGACCGUCACACUUCAUCUGGAUUUAUUUUGGAAGUGCUGAUUUAUGACUCAUGAAGCUCUGACAGUCGAGUUUGUGCUCCGAUGAAGUUGCCUGGGCUUGAUAUUCCAAAAGUCGAGUUGUAGUUGCUUUUAUUGCUUGCUUGUAUUCUCACAUAACUCUGUUUAAAGAUGAUUUUGUGUGGCAGUCACAGUGAGGGUGUUGUCUGGAGGAAGUGGCUCGGUGUGGGGCUGCUCGUGCUCUCAGCACUUACGGUGAAGUGUGAAGGGGAAAAGAUGCCAUUCGAGGACAUAUUCAGACAUGACUACAGACCAACGGUUGUGGCGGAGAGUCUGCGUAUCCAUGUGGACUCGGUUGUUGGAACCCACACAACCCAGCAGUGUUUGACAUUUUUGGAUAUGGCGUUGCAGUUUGUAGCAGAAGGAGCAGCCGGGGGCCUCAACGUCAUUGCUGUGUACUUGGCUGAGGUCCUGCGUGCCACUGGAGUAGGCGAUGCUGUAUCCAUCCCUCACUUCACCCUGGGCAUGGCCUUUGCAGCGAAGUGGAUGUUACUGGCAUUGAUUAGUUACUGGCUGCUGUGCGCCAUGUUAAGGUUAUCGGUAGUGUUGUUACGGCGUGGAUUCUGGAUGCUGAAGUUCUUUGUGGUUGUGUGGAUCUUUAGUCGGAUCAUCAGUGAUCCCAAAGCCUCUGCUGAUGCCACGAUUACACGCUUGUUCCUGCUGGUACUGCUCGCUGCUGUGUGGAGCGUAGCCACUGGUAGAAACAGUGGGACAGAUCUGACCAGUUUGGAUGUUCGACUGACAAGUCUGGAGGGCAGAGUAGCCAGAAUGGAGAAAAACGGUCAAACAAAAUGAUGAGAGACUGAAUGGAUGUGAUUAGAGACAAUGCAGAGAGAUGGAAGAAAGCAGGAGGAAGAGGAUAAUUAAAAAAAACAAUAGGUCUUAAAGAUUACAUACUACAAUAAAUAGCUGUCUGGGGUUACUUAUUAAAAUAUUUACAUAUACUUUUUUUUUCUUCCAACUGACAAGUCAUUCAAAUACUCUACAGACACAAAAAUCAUUCAGGUUUGCAUAAACAAGUGGCUAAAAUGGACUCUAUCCACAGGAAGUGGUGUAGAAAGCUCAUGAAUAUUAAACACAAACUGUGACACUGUAAAAUACACUGUGAUCAUAAAGGCAUGGAGGAACCAUAAUAAACCACAAUACAUCAUUUCAGUACAUGCUGUUAAUCGAAAAUAAUCAUUAGCAGGGUGGUGUUUAUUGGAGUUGAAGCCAGUUGCUUAUGAGAAACACCCUGAAAACGGGUUCAUUCUUAAUUAUUACUCUUCUUGAAGCAGGUUUAAACUGUUGACCCCUCACCAGACUGGUUUUCUCUCACUUGGUAUAAUUAGUACAAGAAUGUAACUUGUUACUAAGAAUCCUAUAAAACUGUCCCAAAGACUUUCCUGUGUCUAAAAAUAUAAAAAUAGAAAUAAAGAAGAUUUAUCCCUGACUGUUACAGUGAUGAAGCUGGAGACUCUUUCCAAAAGACACUUCUCCUGUGAUCCUGUGAAUAUUCCUGUGUAGGUUCUUGCUAACAAAAUUAUCAUCUUAAGUGGAUUAAUAGAAACUUGAGCUUGUCUUGCACUCAAAAUACUGACCAAGGUGUGCUGUUAAAUUAUUGCCUUUUGAUUAUAUAUAUUUCAAAAAUAUGAUCGAUCAUUUAUUUUAAAUAAACAAAAUUACAUUUGUAUCACUGCCAGAACUCAGAGCUGAAGAACUCUGGACAGUAAAACAUGUUAUCAUAUACCAAUAUCUAUACAGUUUUUAAAGGGGUUGCAAUAUUUCAUCAAUUCUUUUGGGUGAAAGUAAAACAAUUUAUAAGAAAAUAAAUAAUAACUCCAAGUCCAUGUACAGAUAGUAUUUCUUUUAGACUGGAUUAAAUGAAGCAAACUGGACCUUUUGCUUUCUGUAAAUGUUUAUGUACAAGACACACAACUGUAAAGGUAAUACAAAAAUAGAACAACACUGCAUAAAACAUUACAUGGAUAAGAUAAAUAAAUACAAAGAUGUCUUUUUCGCAUAGACAAUUACUUUAAGAUCAAGUGAGCAAAGGUAAAGAUAUUUAUACAUGAUGUAUUAUUGAUUAAAAACUUUCAAAAUGCAGAUGAAACGCAAGAAGAAUGUUUCAUUUAAGACCACUUUAUACGUUUUAACAAUUAAAACUGGUGUUUAUUUUUUGCUGUUAGGGCAUAUGGAUGUUAAAAUGUGAAAACAAAUUCUGAUGAUAUUGCUUAUAUCCAUGUGUAGAUCUGUGUUUUUGUGUGCAAAAAAAACAACAACAAAAAAAAACCAUUUGAAAGAUGGAGACAUCUCCGGUACUGGAAGGAAACUGUGUGUGUGUGUGUGUGUGUGUGUGUGUGUG